GUGUGGGGGGGAGGGACUGUGGGGGGAGUGACGGUCGCUCGCAGUUUGCAGGAAGCGAACGCACGGACCGGGAAGGCGCAGAAUGCGGGGCUCAGGCCGACUGCCCGCAAUCGCCCUCCCGCUCGGCUCCGGCCCGCGGGCCGCCCGCGGGGGGGACAGGGGGGGCCAGAGAGCCGCCGACAACAACAGCAACCGGGAGCCACUGCCCGGGAGAGGCAAACCGCUCCGGGUCUCAGCUAAACAUGCUGUGAACGGUCACACAUCAGUACCUCCUUUCCCGCCUGGAAUGCAAUUCGCUGUGUUUGGCUUGGGCUGUUUCUGGGGAGUGGAGAGAAGAUUCUGGGAGCAGAGAGGUGUCUUCUCCACACAGGUUGGCUUCACUGGCGGCUUCACCCCCAACCCCACCUAUCAAGAGGUGUGCACAGGGCUGACCGGCCACACUGAGGUGGUGAGAGUCGUCUACAACCCACGGGAAGUCACCUAUGAAGAGCUGCUUAAAGUCUUCUGGGAAAAUCAUGACCCAACACAAGGAAUGAGGCAGGGGAAUGAUGUGGGAACGAUGUACCGAUCGGCCAUUUACACCCAGAGCCCAGAGCAGACGCAGGCCGCUUGUGCAUCGCAGGAAUUUUUCCAGCAGGAACUGACGAGAAACAAAUUGGGAAACAUCACUACUGAGAUUCGAGAGGGACAAGAGUUCUUCUACGCUGAGGAUUACCACCAGCAAUACCUGCACAAGAACCCGGACGGUUACUGCUCCUUGAAAGGGACUGGGGUGACCUGUCCCAUGGCCCCGAGGGCAAAAAAGAAGCUUUAACACUGUUCAGUGGCCGCAUGUCACCGUGUGAACUUGAUGUCAGAUUGUAAACUAGCUUCAACAUCAGGAGGCUGUUUUGCGGUAUUUUUUAGCCAAUUUCUCCGUGGACUCAGGAUAUAGUUUGCUUACGACAGUUCCAUCCUGUCGAUAACUAUUUCAUUAUAAUAAUAAUGUUUUAAAUUUGAUUUAGCGCCUUAUCACUUUGUUGAGACUAAUUAAAUUGGGCAUAUUCAUGCUGGAAAAGA